GGCUGACGAGAUUGUGGCAUGCGGUGACAGUGUUCGACUCGGAGUCGAUUUCCAAUCCCAACACCGACUCUCCUCCACCCCCUCGUGCGAACCGCUUUCCUCCCCCCCCUCUCCACCUCGCCGCCGAUCGAUAAAAUCCAAUCCACUUCCAUCGAUCCGUGCACCACGAAUCCGUCUCCCCCCCGACUCGCGAUCGAUCCCCGUUGCUCGCCGCGCGACGCCGCCGCUAGAUCGAUCCCCCAGGCGAUCGAGGGAUCGUAGAACGAAGAUCGAGGGGAGGUGAGAGGGAUCGAGGAUUCGAGGGCAUGGUGGUGGCGGCGCUGCCGGACGACGUGCUCGCGGAGGUCCUCCGCCGCCUCGCGCCGCGCAGCCUCGCCGCGUGCCGCUGCGUCUGCAAGCCGUGGCGCGACCUCGUCGACGACCGCCGCCUGCUGCGCGCGGACCUCCUUCCGCGCUCGCUCGCCGGCAUCUUCGUCAACUUCCACUGCCUGUACAGCUCGGAGUUCUUCGCCCGCCCCCCGGCCGCCGCCGCCGCCAUCUCCGGCAACUUCGACUUCCUGCCCCCCAAAGACGAGUACGACCAGUACAGGCACCACCAGGUCGAGGGCCACUGCAACGGGCUCCUCUUGAUCAGGUUCCGCGAUCUCGUGGUCAACCCCGCCACGCGAUGGUGGGAUCGCUUGCCCCCGCGCCCGCUGCCGCGCGACGAGAUGGACCGCAUCGACGCCGCCUACCUCGUCUUCGAUCCCGCAGUGUCCCCGCGGCACUACGAGGUGUUCUUGACCCCAUCGUUCCGCUGGAAAAGCGAAUCGGAGAAAGCCGAAUUGGACCCCAUGGUGGAGGCAUCGGAAUGGCCACCGGAAUCAUACACACUGCCCGUCUUCUCGUCGAGGACAGGGCUGUGGCAAGAGAGGAGUUUCAUCCGUCAGGGACAAGCCGCAGGCACCAUCGCCGACAUGCGAUCGGAUUGGGCAUCGGACCAAAGGAAUGGUGUCUAUUGGCGAGGAGCAUUGUACGUUCAUUGUCAGACUAAUUUUGUUAUCAGAAUAUCGUUGAAUGAUGACAAGUACCAAGUAAUUAAACCACCAGAGUACUCCGGCCGCUACCUCAACUUUUAUCUUGGGAGGUCAGAGAAGGGUGUAUACCUUGCAUUAUCCAGAGACAACUGUCUUAAAGUUUGGAUUCUUGAUGAAACAUGUAGCAAAAUGAAGUGGGAGCUCAAGCAUGACAAGCACAUCAGACAUAUUCUGCUUGGGCGCAAUAAUCGACAAGGUCUCGGCCCAUGGAUUUUACAGGAUAUCAACCACCAAAAGAAUCCUUAUAUAUAUGAAUAUGAUGAAAUCAUUGAAGCACCCAACCAGAAGAAGGUUGAAUGUGAACAAGCAGCAUUGGAGAAGUUUGAAUGGAUCUCAGACGAUGAAAAUGUUCUUGACAAUGAAGAUAUAGUUACAGGAGGAUAUCAUGAAUACAUUAAUAUCAUUGGGUUUCAUCCAUACAAAGAGAUAAUAUUUUUAGACGAAUCGUUAAAGAGAGGGCUAGCCUAUCAUUUAAGCAGCUCAAAGGUUGAAGAUAUAGGUAACUUAUAUCCAACCAACCUUGAAUAUGAAUUAAUUAAUGAGCAGUUUAUAACCGCUUCUUUUCCAUAUACACCCUGCUUCAUGUGAGGGUUUCUAGAGAAGCUUAAACAUCGAAAUAAAUGACUGUACUCAUGUAUUCAAAUAUGUACCUAUGAGGAUUUGCUCCUCUUUAUUAAGAGAUAUUUUUCAGUUCCUAUUCAAAUUUUGCUUUUGCUUUCGGUGUGUGCUAGUUGUAUUCUAAAUCUUUGAAAGGGUGCUCUAGUAUCCAUCCUAUUAGCUACGUUGCUAUACAUGCAUAUGGUAAUUUCUACUCGUACCUCUGCUUGAAUCUCUCUACUAUUGAUACAUGGCAUUACCAACUCUUGUCAUAUUGUGUAUCUUUGAUUAACAUUGGCAUGGAUAAGGAUAACUCAGUCUUACCUUGCUACUAUUGCAGAAACACUGCAGCGUAGAGAGCAUGUCUGAAUGAGUGAAGGGGAAAAAAAAGACGGUACAAGGAAAUAAGGGCUCCUUUGAAAUUCAUUAAUUUUAUAAUAUUUGUACGUAAAUUUGUUCGUUUUUUAGAAACUUCUUUGAAAAUCCUUCAAUCCAGAGAGGUCCGAGUCUCUUCUGAAUUCUGAAGGAAAGAAGCAUCAUGCUGCUCUUUUUUGUUAAGGACUACAAAAAUUCCCAUGCAUUACAGUAGGUGAAGGCUAAAUGUAUAUUUGUUGCCAAAACUUGUUCCUGGUAUAAUGAUAUUAGCUCUUAAA